AGCAGAGCUGGGAAUAACUGGGCCAGAGGGAGCCGAGCUGGUUGACUCAGUCCUGGAUGUGGUGAGGAAGGAGUCAGAGAGCUGUGACUGUCUCCAGGGCUUCCAGCUGACCCACUCUCUGGGGGGCGGCACCGGGUCCGGGAUGGGCACCCUGCUCAUCAGCAAGAUCCGGGAAGAGUACCCAGACCGCAUCAUGAACACCUUCAGCGUCAUGCCCUCACCCAAGGUGUCAGACACGGUGGUGGAGCCCUACAACGCCACCCUCUCUGUCCACCAGCUGGUGGAAAACACAGAUGAAACCUACUCCAUUGAUAACGAGGCCCUGUACGACAUCUGCUUCCGCACCCUGAAGCUGACCACCCCCACCUACGGGGACCUCAACCACCUGGUGUCGGCCACCAUGAGCGGGGUCACCACCUGCCUGCGCUUCCCGGGCCAGCUGAACGCAGACCUGCGCAAGCUGGCGGUGAACAUGGUGCCCUUCCCGCGCCUGCACUUCUUCAUGCCCGGCUUCGCGCCCCUCACCAGCCGGGGCAGCCAGCAGUACCGCGCGCUCACGGUGCCCGAGCUCACCCAGCAGAUGUUCGACUCCAAGAACAUGAUGGCCGCCUGCGACCCGCGCCACGGCCGCUACCUGACGGUGGCUGCCAUCUUCCGCGGCCGCAUGUCCAUGAAGGAGGUGGACGAGCAGAUGCUCAACGUGCAGAACAAGAACAGCAGCUACUUCGUGGAGUGGAUCCCCAACAACGUGAAGACGGCCGUGUGCGACAUCCCGCCCCGCGGCCUGAAGAUGUCGGCCACCUUCAUCGGCAACAGCACGGCCAUCCAGGAGCUGUUCAAGCGCAUCUCGGAGCAGUUCACGGCCAUGUUCCGGCGCAAGGCCUUCCUGCACUGGUACACGGGCGAGGGCAUGGACGAGAUGGAGUUCACCGAGGCCGAGAGCAACAUGAACGACCUGGUGUCCGAGUACCAGCAGUACCAGGACGCCACGGCCGACGAACAGGGGGAGUUCGAGGAGGAGGAGGGUGAGGACGAGGCUUAAGAACUUCUGAAAUCAAUCGUGCAUCCUUAGUGAACUUCUAUUGUCCUCAAGCAUGGUCUUUCUACUUGUAAACUAUGGUGCUCAGUUUUGCCUCUGUUAGAAAAAUUCACACUGUUGAUGUAAUGACGUGGAACUCCUCUAAACAUUACGGUAUUGUCUGUGAAGGUAUCUAUACUAAUAAAAAAGCAUGUGUAGAAA